GCACCGAAGUUAGUUAAGCAUCCGAAGUCGUAAAACGCGUACCACGCAAUAACAACGUGACCGCCAUAAAUAAAUUUAGAGCAAUUGACUUCGUUUAUUCAAGUUAUAUGUCGUUUAAAUAGUUAAGAAGUUUGAACGUAUCAACGCCGCAAACAAUAGUGAGAGAUCAGUCGCGAUGGCAAGCCAGACACACGGCAUUCAACAGUUGCUCGUAGCUGAAAAGCGCGCGGCGGAAAAAGUCUCCGAUGCCAGGAAGCGUAAAGCGCAUCGAAUUCGGCAAGCACGCGAGGAGGCGCAGGCAGAUAUCGAAAAGUACCGCAACGAACGCGAAAAAGUCUUCAAGGAGUUCGAAGCGAUGCGUUUGGGAUCACGUGAAGGAAUUGCACUGCGGAUUGACGAGGACACAGAAAUGCAUAUUGAGAAAAUGCAGCAGGACGUUGCCAACAAUAAGGAACAAGUAAUUCAAGAAUUAAUCUCAUUGGCAUGUGACAUAGUCCCAGAAGUGCAUCGAAAUUAUUUCGUUGUAAAUCGCCGAGUGUAAGUCAUAUUUUUGAGCAUAAUUUAUUAUUUAAAUCGAAAUAUAACCAAACAGCAUCAAAUUAUAAUUAUUAAAAUAAAUGACAAACAUAUAAUUUAGUAAGAA